AUGAAUGUUGUGAGGUUCAAGUAUGGUAUUAGUAUAAGUUUGGUUGUUGCUUGGAAAGCCAAGAUGAUUGCUAAAGUAAUAGUGGAUGAGGAUGCUAUCAAACAGUAUUGUUAUCUAGAAGCUUAUGGUGAAGAGCGCAUGCAUAUAUGUGUAGGGAACAACUACAAACUUAUUUUAGAAAGACCACCAGGGUUGUUGCUUCCUGAGGAAAGGAUACUUGGGUUGGAUGAAUCUUACUUGCCCAGAUGGAUUGGUUAUGGCUUUGGUUCACUUCUGCUCUUGAAUCACUUUCUUGGGUCUGAUUCAGCCACUGUUACACCGGCUCAACUUAGUACAAAGGUUUUGGGUCUGUCUUUGGUUUCGUUCUCGAUUGUGCUGCCUUACCUUGGUAAAUUUCUCAAGGGUGCUCAACCAAUGGAUGAAAAGACUAUACCGGAUGAUACGGAACAAAUAUUUGUCAUGUCAACAGAUAUAGUGGAUUGUCUGAAGGAGGACCUGGCUUGGGCAUCAUAUGUUCUGUUGCGUAAUACAAAUGUCAUAGCUAUGGUUACCUGCAAGUACCACUAUAAGCUCUAA